UAGGAAUGGGAGAUGGAGAGCUACAGGCUCCCUCUACAAAAUUUCCCAGGCACUCCUCCAAGACCCAAAUUGUAGUGAAUCUGGAGGAAAUGUCUGGAAACCAUACAGAGAAAAUGAAGUCCAAGGAAAAUGGGGUGCCCCCUAUAGACAACCCUAACUUCUCCCACCGUGUUGGCAAGAGGUCUUUAGCAGAGAUAAUGGCAACUCCAGCAUCUCUGAGUGUUGCUCUGCCAGAGGAAAUUGAUCAUGAAUUUAUAGGCCACAUGGAUGAGGCUUCCCCAGUUGAAAAAGUGGCAGACAAAGUGGAGGCAGCAGAACCAUUGCCAUUUGGAAUGUCCAGGCUGUCCACUCUUCUCCAAGGGCUGCCUUCUGCUCUGAAAAAGGCAGGAAAUAACCAAGUGGCCCCCCCAAGAACUGUGAAAGCUCCACAGCCUCUGACCACUUUUUGUCCCUUUGAGAAGAAUUUGUGUGGCUGGGAGCAAAGCAGGGAGGAUGACCUGGACUGGGUGCUUGAAGAGGGGCAGGAUCAGCUCGUUAGGACUGGGGGAGGAGGAAGCCCCCCUGGAAUGCCUUGCACAACCUCAGGUGGUGGCUACCUUUCCCUGAUGCCUUUGGCCCACAAUUCCAGUCAAAAGGCUGUUCUGGUCAGUCCAGUUGUGCAGGGCAUCAGGUGCCUCAAAUUCUGGUACAGCCCAGGGGACCUUCUCAUGAGUGAAAUCAACGUCUACAUAAAGCUCCAGAAUUCCUCUGAAUGGCACAAAAUGUGGUCUGUGAGGCGGAAUCAAGGCACUGGCUGGCACCUGGCGGCUGUAGCCAUUUCCAAGACUUGUGAGCUACAGGUGGUGCUGGAAGGUGUCACCGGCCCCAGAGGAAGGCAUAGUGCUGGGAUUGAUGAUCUGCUUCUCUGCAGGAAGCCGUGUGGCCAAUGUUACAGCAAUACGACACGUUCCUUGUGCAACAAGUGA